AUGUUCGGACCAUUUAAUAAAUUUCGAAUAGACAACACAGACCACAUAAUAGACGUGAACAAGAACAAUGCGGCGUUCGAGUACGAUCAAGUAAACAUAAUAUGUCCUGUGUACCAGCCAGGAACAUAUGACGAGGACGCGGAGAAGUAUAUCAUUUACAACGUGUCUAAGGAGGAGUACGAAACAUGUCGGAUAACAAAUCCGAGUCCACGGGUGAUAGCGGUCUGUGACAAACCGUACAAGACCAUGUACUUCACGAUCACCUUCAGGCCGUUCACACCGCAACCCGGAGGCCUAGAAUUCCUGCCAGGCCACGAUUACUACUUCAUCAGCACCUCGUCCAAGGAGGACCUCCACAAACGGAUCGGCGGACGGUGCACCAGUCACAACAUGAAGGUGGUCUUCAAGGUGUGCUGCGGCAACGAUGCUGACACCUCGUUGUCAUCAGCGACGUCACGCAACAACUCCGUAGCCGUGACCAGCAGCACCGUGCCGAGCAGCAGCUCGACGAGCACCGCAGUUUUGGGUGGAGGAGCCGGACUACCACCCCCACCACCACCGAGCGUCCUCAAGGGCGGAGAUCGAUUCUACCCAGGGGGCAGCAUUCAUCAUCAUCACGAUCAUCAUCAACCGGCCACGGCGGCGCCGACCCUGCCCCACGUGCCCCCUCCGGCCAUCUACCCCGUGCAUCCGCAUCAGCCUCCGAUUCACAAUGGACCGCCGUCCUCCUCGCCGCCUAAGACCUCGAUCGGCCAGAAGAAGAAGAACAAGGAGUAUUCAGACCACCCGAACGAAGUGGUGAAGAACGAAGAACUGACCUACAACGGGGCGAGUUCCAGCCGUAUUCAAAAUCAGUUCAGCCACUUGGUGGUCGUGCUCACCGGAAGCUUGUUGGUCAGCGCGAUCCUACCGCACUUAUUACGGUGAAGCGACAACGCCACCGACGAGAACGUAUACCCCAAUACGUCAAAACCCCUUUUUCUGUGAUUAUCCUACGUUUAAUUAAUUUCUUGAGGCACGCGUGUGCUCGCGCGGCCGCCCCUCGAUCGUGAGACAAACGUAAUACGCGCACGAUUUAUGGUCGGACUGCCUCGAGAGAGAAAGAGAACGAGAAAAUUUCUAAUCGGGAACGAGGAAGAGAGAUGAACCAGGAACAACAAUGAAAACGAUAUAUUUGAGGCAAACCAGGGAUGACGGUAAUGAAGAAGAAGAGUUGGCAAAAGAUGCAAUGUCAAGAGAAGAGACACGCACGACACACGAGUAACAACGCCAUAUAUUGAAACUAAUUCGAAAAUCGAAGGAAGACGUAGGUAGUAAGAUUACAAUGACGAAGAAAGACGUAAACAAGGAGAAAACGCUACUACUAGGCACUAUUAUAGUAUGCCCACUAUUAUCACUACUAUAAAUGGUAGUCGUAUUGGUUGUCCUUCUUAUCAUUACGCUAAUUCUAGGUAUUUAUUCGAAAUACGAGAGAAAAGUCGCGAACAGCGUGCUAACUACCCUCGAGCGUGAUAUACGCGUAAACGUACGUCGGUCAAAGACUCUUUCUUUUAGGAACGCCAAGUUCCCGUCCGAAGAUUUCAGUUAUAUCGUUCGACCGAUUGCGUUCAUUGACGAACAGUCCUCUGUCACGGUCCUUUGUUAAUAUUAUAGUUACGUUAAGGAAUGAGCAUGCGAAGUUGAAAAUGAUUUCGAGAAUCGAUUAUGUUUGGAACGAGUUGCGCGGUUUAAGUGAACUUGCCAUUUUAAUUAAUCUAUUAUUACUUGCCACUCCUUCUUCAUAACAUUCUCAGUUUCAGUUGACGAAGACAUUUUUUGUUUGUCGAACGCGGUCACGACGAUCAGAUCGAAUCGCGGUCGUGUAAUGAUUUUAAUCGUGUCGAAACGUAACGGAGGACAGUGUCAUCGCGUGAAACCGUUCGACACGCGUCGGGAUCGCGAACAGGAUAAUUAGCACGCGUGUAAAUAAAUUCCUAAUGAAUAUGUACAAGUGGCUCUCGCCUCGUGUCCGAGGUGAGGAGAUUUAAGAGAGUGCCGUAUAAUAGGUAAAAUCUAUAUGACACACGAAAGAGUGCGAUAUACAGCGUGAGUGAAGACGACGCUAAAGUGUGACGCGCGUGCAUGUUGUCGCGAGCCGAGGAUCGCCCCUAUUGGGAUUAAGUCGGUUGACGCAGAAAAUCGUGUGAGGUGCUACGGACUUCUCUAAGUUCCGGCUGCGCUUCCCGCGACCCGCGACAACUUUCGCGAGCACGCGAAGAAAAGUGUAAGUUCGUCGACCGAAGAAAUUGCUCGUUUCGCUCUGUCCUCGAAAAUUGGGCGAGGAGCGUGCGGGUGAACGAAAGUAUGGUAUGUGAUGAGCGAAAGAGAGAGACUGAAUCGCGGAUGCGAGAAAUGAGAAAUGAAUUUUUGUAUCAUAGUUGUAUCAUACCGAACUCUAUCUAUAGAUCUGUAUUAUAUUUAUUAUCCGCUAUCAUUACGCUACGAAUAAUCACACUCGAUAUUCUAUAUUUACUAGUAAAAAAAUAUCAAAUUUAAUAGCGAAUAAAUUGCGUAUUUGGCGGGGUAAUCUAAACAAGAACGAUACGAAGCGAGCGAAACGAUGAAAUUACCCCUGUCGUCAUCGGAUCCGCCGUUUGUUGUUUUCUUCUUUUUACCUUGUUUCUUUCUCUUUCAAACUUUUCCUCGUGUCAUGUAGCUCAAAACGUGCUCACGAAAACCUAAUUCACCGCGCGAUCGUCUUUCGUUACUACUCACCGUUCACUUCAGUUCUCCCCACACUUGUUUUCUAUUUAUUGUACGUACACCGCCACGCAUACUUCGUUUUCCGUAACGCGUAAAGACGGGUCGCGUUUAUUUGUAAAAACGAGGAAAAACAGACAGGAUUACAUAUAUACAUGCUCGGUGGUCGCGAUCGUUAAACGCGAAUUCCGCUCUGAUUUGUCGCGUACGUCUAUAACAGCAAUCCUUCUUCGCAAGCGUUUGAACUUCGUUCACGUUACCACGGAUUUCAUUGCGCGUGCCGAGAUUUCGCUCGAUCACAAACACGAAUCCAUAUCCUACGACCAACCGUACCGCCACUGCCAUAGCCAAAUGCCGGAAUUCAAGCAUAUAUCUCGAAUUUAAUCGCGCCGCAAUGGAUUGUAGCGCGCGCAUCUCGCGCGCUGAAAGUGACGAGCUUUAAAUCGCGUUCCCGCCAACGCGGCAAAUAAAGCGCAUCGUUAUUUCAUCACGGAUCUACGCAGCUGUCACCCGCACGCCUGUUUGCUGGGACGCAAAAUUAUACCGGUAUCACGUGCACGUUUUUACGCGUGGACGCAUUUCGUUCGACGAUCGAUCGAUCAUAUCCGAUGAUAUCGUAUCCGCCCGCACCUGCGACGCGUUACGAAAAUCAAAACGCGAACGCAAUCACACGCGAGUGGCUCUCGUGAACGAAGUUUAAUUGGAGCACAGUGGCAGAUGAGCGUUCGAGGGCGCAAAAGGAAGAAACAACAACGAGCGAACGAUCGAAUUUCGCGUUCAUGUCCACGUGGAAAGAGCUCGAUCUAACGGCGACUAGAAUUAAUGAAUUAUUGUAAAUACGAAUAUGCGGAAAGAAUUUAGGUAUCGCGUAAAAAGCGAGAGAGUGUGUGAGAGAGAGAGAGAGAGAGAGAGAGAAGAGACCCCGAUUCCGAAUCGUAGAUAAUAAAGCAGAAGAAGGAGCGUAUUCUGAAAGGCUGCUGGAUUGACUGACUCGUUUUCAUCGUUCAUCGAUGAUUGUCCUUGACUGUAACGCGACAACCGAGUGAAAAUCGAUGACCACGAUCAGCCCGAAAUAUUGAGGGAAUAACAGCGGGAGGUAAGAAAAUAAAAUUGCGUGUAUAAUGUUAUCCGUUACAGUAUUGUAAGCCUAAGUAUUACAUGCCUCCGAUCCACGUCUGUUUGUCUGUCUGUCCGUUCGUCUGUCUACAGUUUGUACUUUUUACCCAUGUGUUAACCGCAAUAGCAAUUUCGUACACGUACGAGCGAUCGAUGACCAAGAUAAAAGCAGUUCGCUACGAUACCCGUGUCCACGAUUCCUUAGCGUAUACGUAGAUUCACAGAAUAAUUUUCGUUCCGUCAUUAUUAUACAUAGCUGCACACUAAGCAGGCGUCUCUUUUAGUUUCUCUCUAGUCGUUUUCGUUCAUACACUCAUACACACGCAGUACGUACACGUGGAAUUGUUUGAGAGCCGCUGAUCAACCCGCAAAUCGAAACCCAAAGACAAUCACCUGUGCAGCGUUGUAAAAAAGAAAAGGAAGAGAAAGCGUUCUAUGCGUAGAGAUCAGACCAUUUAUAAUAGCCUUCAAGAUAUCCUUUUAGACGUGUGGUUCGUUGACCCUUUCCCUCACAGAGGUAGAAAUAAUGAACACGCGAUUGUACAAAAUGUUUCUCGUACAAGUUCGCUUUGCGGGUCUCAGAGGAUAUCACGUACAGUAAAUAAUAUACGUUCGUAAGCGGACGGAGAUUGUACAGAGUGCGUUUAUGUUUCUAGAUCGGCUCAUCGGUCGCGAUCGACGAUGAUCCAUGCGACAGGUUGCAUACACGCGCGAAUCGUGGAUGUAUCGAUAGGACUGCUUACCAGCGGCGAAUUAUUAUCGGUCGACUCGAUAGCGAAUUUUUGAUCAGAGCCAGCGAUACGAUGCCCGUAAUCAAUUAAACAUAAAUGCAAUAGCAAUGCAGCAAAGUUACAUAGAUCCAUUGUGAAUGGUACUCAUUCUUACGGACGAUAGGUUGAAUACAGUAUAACAAUAAUAUAGACUCGAACUAUCGAUAGAAAAUAGACAAGGUCACUCACUGCAACUUUAUUUUUAUUUUCCAUUCCUCCAUUCGUUUUUUUUUAUUUUUUAUUUCUCUCCGUUUUAUUUCCAUUUCGUUUUUCGUUUCGAUCGGUCCGCCCCGAAAACGUCACCACCAAUUUUUCCAUCCCUUCGAUCCAGUCCGCCUCGUCCCGUCGCCAGCGACCACGUGAAACGCUGCUCCUCGACAAUUAUUUUUGUAACCGCGAACAGGGACAACCGUUAUACCGUAAAGUAAUUUAAAUCGUUAUUAGAAACUAUAUGUAGAUAAUCGAUAUAAUAGAAAGUUAACGAGAUCGAUGUAACAGAGACGCAGAAGAUAAUCGUAAGACGUUGAACCUUAAGGGAUACGAUUAAUUGAAUCGCGCGUUGAUAUUAGCCUUCGUUGUUAAUCGUGUGUACACGCACGUAACAGAUGCAGGCAUAGAUGUACGCAAGUAAUCGACACUACACGUUGCUGCUCGCACGUUUCCAAAUGCACGAGCAACAAAACGAGGAACAGCUUUCACGUCCGUUUUUUGAUCCAAAGAAGUCCGAAGUCCCGAUUCACUGCGAUUUUCACCGUUCGUUUUCGCUAUUUCAUUGUGUUAUCCUCUCGUGUGCGUGUUUAGGAACAAGAAUAUUAGACGAUCUUCGAUGGUAUAGAAGGUCCGAGCACGCGACUCCUCGUUGCUUAACGAGAACGACUUGUUCCUCUCUUCUCGAGACGGAGGGUAAAGGAAACGAGACGUGAGAAAAAAAAUAAUGCGAGGUAACGAGAAAGGAAAACGAGUAAUUAGGAUUCGCCGCGUCGAACCAACACCGCCGCGGAUUUAUCGAGCGUAAAGUAAUGGGAUCGAGAUGAUUUCGUAGGUACGUCGUUGUAAAUAGAGAGACGAAGCAGAAGAAGACGAUGAUCAUGAAAAAGAUAAUGAUUACGAUCAAUAACGAUAACACGAUGAAAUUUAUAUUAAAUACAUAGCAAGUAUGAGGAUAGGUUUCUAAUAACGAUUUAUUAUAAAAGUGAAUGUACGUUGAUGUCUAAGAUUUUUAACAAGAUGGAAAAAGAUAAGAAAAAAACACAAAGUGGUUAUUAUUAAACUAUGAUUAUUAACUUAUAACUGAGGAAACACAAGUACUAAUUAAACAAGAGAGCGUUUGAAUACAGAACCACACUUUUUAGCCAGGUCAUGAAUUCUCUCACACGUUGCAUAUUAUUAAUUUUUGUAACAGGUACAAUUACAUGACACAUAACGGUCCCGGCCACGGAAGUCACACGACGACCACCGCGUUUUGUCACCGGCCGAUUGUUAGAUCAUUUCUUUUCUCCUUAAUGGACACGCGAUGCACUUGCAUAGAAUUAGCGUAACGCGUAUUGAAUAACAGCCGCGAUAUCACAUUUACAAUAGGGAGAAGAAACAUUUCGUAACGUCAUCAGGUUUAUUCGGAGAAAGGAACUAUCGACGGCUUAUUUAGACAGCUGUCUGACAAUCAAUUAAUCUGCUUUCCAGUUAAAGAUUAUUUUUCGCUUUCUCGCUGCGCGAUUUUCAGAACUAUACAAAGAGAUUGACGAGAGGGAAUCGUGAGAGAAUAAUGCGGUGUCCAGGUGUGACAUUCGUGAACGGGAUCAAUUAUAGAUUUGCGUGUGCUCACCAAGUAUGCACGUUCAGUACAGUCGUUCAUUACAAAGCAUUACAGAUUACAAUACAAAGUAGCGUAGUGUUCAUAAUGGUAGUCCACUUGUAGCGAAAUAGUGUUAAAAACUGUCCAAGCAGACAAAACAAAAAAAAACUGGAAAAAAAGACGUAAUGGUCAAAAAAAUUACAGGUAACCAUAAAAAAAGGUACACAGUAAACGUGAAUCGAAUUUCAUGAAGGUGCAAGACACGCACACUCACACGUCCGCAUACACAUAUACAAACAGACACCUAUUUACACUCGUAUAUUUGGCACGUAUUGUGAACAGGGUGUCGCGAGAACGGCGACGCCACUUCAAAAGAAUAAAAAAAAUAUAUAUUUAAAUGUACACUCAUGUACAUACAGAGACAUGGUAUACACGUACAGACACACACACACACAUAUGUAAAAGCGACGCGAUUUCGAUGGCCACGCGAUGAAGAAACGCGCACUUGCGCGAGUUCGCUCGCAGAAGCGGAGGAAAGAAGAGAAACGGAAUGACGAGAGGGUCGACGACGCUCUGUACGUAGACUCGUCGGCGUCGCGCGAUUUAUUGUAGCUAUAUUGUAUUAUGUAUGUCGAUAUACUGUCAAAUAUAUCGAUGGAAAACGAAAGUAAAACAAAACGAAACAAAACGGAGAAAAAAAAGAUGAGAAAUUUAAAAUAGAAGAUGUUAAAAUGCCGGACAGGGAGACCGGGCGUCCCCCGUUAAAAUAAUAUCUAAUUAAUACACGUACCUACUCACAUAACACAAAAUACAGAGUACGUCGACGCGUUUCAUUUUGAAAGUACCUUGCGCGAGUCGUCUCGAAUCGUUUAAGUACAAAAUACGUGGAAGAAGAAUGAAAUGGCUUUCUCGAUGGACAAGAUAUGAUGCGCGUGGUCCGCGCGGUUCAGAUACCAGGGUAUCCGGGCUACUAGUUCGCGGAUGAUCGGUAGAAGAAAUCAGAGAAUUUCCUUUUUUGCGUUCUGAGGUCAUCGACGAUGAACAGCAUCGCGUGGGUUGUACGAACCGAGGGAUUCGCGGUGCCGAAUGGUAAAUUUGAGGAAAUCGCGUGUCACGCCUAUUUCGUUGAACCCCUCGACAGGCAUUAAUGAGUUCCUGGAAUCAAAUUGGUUGUAAAACAGAAUUAUACGUAUUUAAACGCGUGCCUGUUCGACCCGGAAGGUUGUAAAAUGCGUCGCGAGUCCCCUUCGGUCCGUUCUUUCGGUAAACGUUUCUAGCUUUUGAACGGGGUGAAAACUGUUCGCGAUGAUUUAUGAAAACGCAGAUACUGAUAUACGCUUUGUUGCGAUGAUUUCUCGAAUUUUAUUGAUAGCGGAUGAGAUCCAACUAGUAAUCGAUAGGUUGAAUUACGUUUUUUCUUAUCGGAGCUCAAAUCUUUUGCCACGGAAUCCCGUGCGCUGUUUUUUAUACACUUUGAUCGAUUCGAAAGAUUCCGGACUUGGAACAGAGAGUAAAAUGAAAUUUCAAACGCACAUAAUAUACAUACAAACACGACGGCUCUUCUUGCGUCGCGUGAAACGUAAUUAAACGAAAAUCUGCCAUUUUUUAAUUGAUAAUCGCCGUCGAUACUCACGGAUAAGAUUGACAUUUGUCGUAGACAUAAUUUAUUCGUUGUCCUACCCUGCUAAUCGAAUGCGAAAGGAAAUAAAACUGAGAGAAGAGAUUAUAGUAUGGAGGGAUGUGAGUUCGCAGUAAAAGCGGAUGUCCGGUUCGAACGCAUUCUUGAAUUUCACGAGUCUUUCGGUACUGACCAUAAUAUACAAAUCGCUCCAAUUCGUUCCACGUUCCAUCGAAGUUGAUUCACCGUCUCACGAAGCGUGAGCGCGCUACAUUCACGAGCAGUACAUCUUAAAAAGCACAUAAUAUUCAUGAAUCAUACCCAAUGAUUCAUCCAUCGAGAUUAUAUAUUAUAUAGAGAAUAUAAUAAUUCAUUUUUCUAAAUUUUCAUCGUUUCAAGCAUUCGUGAAAUUAGUAUGUUUCAUAGGUACCUUUAAUAAUUCCUUGUUGUACGAACGUUCGUUAUAAAAAUAUUUCAGUCUUCGUUCAAAUUGUAUAAAACAUAUCAACGAUGCUUUUUAUUGUAGUCAAACGUUUCAUAUAAUUCUAUGUAUGAAAAAUUAGAUGUUUCUUAUUACGGAUGUCAUGUGCUUUAUGAGAUCGAAUGUACAUAGCGUAUACAUAAUAGGGAAAACCCGCGGCGGCGCGUAGUGUUUAAAAUCUCGCGAUUCGCGAUGCCGCGUGAAAAGAUGAUUAUGUUUUCAGGUACACUGCCGUGUCGCGAGCACGCGACCAUGCCACUUGUUACAACUCGAUUCAAUCCGAUUAAUUAAGCCUCCAUUGACUCGUCCAAGGCCUCUAGCCGUGUAUACACCGCCACAGACAACGAAUCUCUCGACUUGCCGUGCGACUCGCGGCUGACAAUAGUUUCCGCGAUCCCCUCGAACAUAAAACUGUUUUUAUGUGCAAAAACUGUCGCCAAGGUAGGACAGGACUUAUAAAAUGGAAAAUCACUGGUGAGGAAAAGAAAAAUGCGCUCGGACGAAUCGUUUCCCCAAUUGAAUUCCGUAGCGUCUGUUCAAAUGUUGUUUAGAGCUAUUUAUUACUUCUGAAAAAUAAAUAAUACGGAUGUGCAUUGAAACGAAAUACUUUUGCGGUGCAAAAUUUCGCAAACAGCCUACGUUUGCAAUGAAAACUCAGUUCCUCUGCGAUGCGUUGAGAUAUUUGUACAAUUUGGAGCCUAAAUCGUUGUACGAUUGUUUAUAUAGAACGAGUUUAUAUUAUAUAGAGCAAUGCGAAAAAAUGUUAAGUGUGCUUGCAAGUGUGCUGUAUGAUGAUUUCCGGCGUUCACGAUUAUUCCUUUUGUCGGUCACGUUUAAAAUAAGUCUUGUCUUACACGUUACUCGCACAUGCAUCAUAUGUACUUGGACCGCCAAAGAGAUAUAAUGCGCACGUGUACGUAUUUCUUCUCCAAGUGGCACUCCUCAGCGAAAACGCGACCAUACUGUUUUCAGAAGUUAGAAUUAAGUUCCGAUGGGAGUCAGCUUUCUGGUGCCAUUUUUGUGCCAUCGCUUACCAUUUUGCACAAUCGAAUAAGACGAAUGUAAAAUCUACUUUGCCAAUUGGGUUCAUUCGCGGUUUUAAGCAACGAGUCCGCUGAUCGGUUUAAAUGAUCUGUUAAAAAAUUAUACGGACAAGAAGGAAACGAAAGAAAUUAGGAGGGAAUGUAUAUGUACAUCGAAUAAAAGUUGUAUCUCACUUCGAAGCUAGUUUCGGGUCUCGAUGAAACUCGAGACAGGCGAGGCGAAUUUUUGGUAAAAUGUAGUGAGGUAUAUAUACUUCUCGUGAAAGUAGAGCCAAUGGAGAAGAAACGAAUGAAGCGGAAGGCAUUGCCUCUUUAGUCAUCCGCGUAAAAGCAUGCUCGCGAUCAUAAGGUCCAAAGUAGAUGAGCGGAGGAGAAGAGAAUAAAGGAAGCGAGACGAAGUACGUGAAACGGUGGGAGAAAGCUUCAUUGAAAGGCCUAGAUUGUCGCACUCGUUUAAAGAAAAAAACUUCCCCGCAAGAAUGCACACGAAAGGUAGCGUACACUCGCUGUACACUCGUUUAUUGUCGCGGAAUAAGUACGCGAAUUAAGAGAGAAAAGAGAAAGCAGAAGUCGAUUUGAUUUGUAUAUGUACACGGUGAGCCCGAGGUUCGCGCGAGGACAGGUGCGUUUACGUGGGAUCAAGGAAGAGAUGCUCGUUUCUUCACUUGAUCGCCGGCAGGCGCGAAUCAAUCGAUGGCUGAACCGCUUCUUUCUCGUAAGCGCUAAUGUCCCGCGACGAUUAAUUGUUAUGAAUACGAACGAACUCAAGACGGCAUGGUAUACAAGACUAAGAACAAGACCUAAAAUGGGGACAUAAUAUUUUAUAACUCAACUUUUGUACAGAAUAAAUAAAUACUUGUACUGUGGA